ACAGGGGAUGCGUCCAUCAAGAUAGCCUCUAUAAAUCCCCCUCUUUCUACACAAAUCAUAGGCAUCCUUAGAUCAAAGAUGGGAUCUCAUGUAGCUGGUAAAACCCACGCCCUAUGCGUCCCCUUCCCUGCACAAGGGCACAUAAAGCCCAUGAUGCAGCUAGCCAGGCUCUUGCAUUCCAAAGGCUUUUACAUAACAUUUGUCAACUCUGAGUUCAUCCAAGAUCGGAUUACUGAAGCAAACGGUCAAGUUGCGGCCACCGGAUUCGAUGAUUUUCUGCUAGAAACAAUACCCGAUGGGCUACCCUCGUGCCAUGGAAGGACCACAAAUGUGAUUGAGCUUUGUGAGUCAACUAGGAAGAACAUGAAGGCUCCCUUUAGGGAACUCAUGACUAGGCUCAAGUGUAGUCUAGGUGUGCCUGGCGUGACGUGUGUGAUCUCCGAUGGGCUUAUGAACUUCACUCAAGAGGUUGCCGAGGAGUUUGGGGUCCCAAGAGUGACCUUUUGGACCACGAGUGCUUGUGGAUAUUGGGCGUACCUUCAGAUUCCUGAGCUCAUAGAGAGAGGAUACGCACCCCUCAAAGAUUUAAGCAGCCUUGCUGAAGGGUACUUGGAAACCACUCUAGACUGGGUUCCAGGAAUGCCCAAUGUUUGUUUCAAGGACAUGGUAUCUGUUGUUAGGACCGCUGAUCCAGAUGACUUCCUUCUUAACUAUAGCAUAACAGAAUCUCAGAUGGCACUGAGGACUUCGGCCCUCAUUCUCAACACAUUUGAUGAUUUGGAGAAGGAUGUUAUUAAAGCUAUGAGAUCUCGAAUCGCUUGCCCACUUUACACAAUCGGUCUUCUUCUAACCUUUAGCAAACACGAAUCCAAAGGAGAGGAUAAGUCUAUUCUGACGAGUUUGUGGAAAGAAGAGAAUGAGUGCUUGGCUUGGCUCGAUAAACAACAAUUUAUGUCGGUUUUAUAUGUGAACUUUGGUAGCGUCGCGGUGCUAACUCUUGAUCAACUCAAUGAGUUUGCUUGGGGCCUUGCUAAUAGCCAUAAACCCUUCAUAUGGAUCACUCGUAGAGAUCUCAUGAUGGGUGAAGCCGCUAUUUUGAGCCAAGAGUUCAUGGAUGAAAUUAAGGAUAGGGGGUUGAUUGCAAAUUGGUGCAACCAAGAACACGUGCUUUCUCACGCUUCAGUGGGUGGGUUUUUGACGCAUAGUGGUUGGAACUCUAUUCUUGAGGCCAUCUGCAAUGGUGUGCCUGUCAUAUGUUGGCCAUGUUUGGGAGAGCAACCAACCAAUUGUAGGUAUGCCUGCACUGAGUGGGGUUUUGGCAUGGAGAUAGACAACAAUGUCAAAAGGGAAGAGGUGGAGGACAAAGUGAGGAUGUUGAUGGAAGGGACGAAGGGAAAGGAGAUGAGGACCAAAAUAAUGAAGUGGAAACAGAUAGCAGAGAAGGCUAUCAAACCAGGAGGCUCCUCUUAUGAGAAUCUAAAUGCUUUAGUGAGGGAAGUCCUUUUUAAGAAUUAUGAGAACAAUUAGAUAUUUAAUGUUCUUCAUAUCAUUUUAUCCUAUGCUAUGUAUUAAGAAUUCGCAGUUGUGACCAAGUUUUUGUAUUAAAUUUAUGUGAUUGAAGCUCUUGUGGCGAUUAUGUUUCGCCAUUGUUACAAGCCCAUGUCUAGGUUUGAGCUGACCUUUUUGAAGUUUAUUCCAUUUAUGUCAGAUUGAAUCUGACGAGCUUAUCAUGGG